AUGUCUGGCAAAUGUAAUGGUGUACAAUCCAAAGUAAAAAACAAAUUUCCCUAUGCCAUUUACACCCAUUGCAUGGCCCAUCGUAUGAACCUUGUAGUUAUAGAUAUGUGCAAAAUUGUAAAGGAAACUAGAAUUGUUUUCAAGACAAUAGAAUCAUUGUAUAAGCACUUUUCUCAUCCUACUAAAAAUAAAACUCUAGUUACUAUGCAAAGGAAAUUAGGAGUUAAAAUAUCAAAAAUAAAUUCUCUGAGUGAUACAAGGUGGAAUUGUAGAUGGAAAAACUGUAUACUUUCAAUAAUGCAAAAAGGAACAUUUGUUAUUUUUCUAUUCAUUUUACAACAUGUAUUAUCGUCUAUAAAUAUACUUAGAAACAAGUUUCAAGAUAAAUCUGCUACAUUGGGUGAAGCGGCUAAUCUAAUAAACAGCGUAAUACUAAGUUUUGAAAAUGCUAGAUCUACCAUUGGCUUUAGUGACUUGUGGUUAGACAUAAAAACUUUUUGUGAUAAAAAUAAUGUUAAACUAAUACUACCUUUUCAAACUCAAGCAUCUAAGCGAAUAAGGCGUGAACCCAGUGUUUUUGAUGAUUACAUUCUAACAACUACUACUUCCGCAGAAUCAUUUAAUAGUACUGAAACAAAUAGUACAUCAGUUGAAAAAUACUAUUGUGAUUUAUUGGAUGUUAAAAGUAUAAGUGUUCAAUCAGAAAUGCAUGUUGUGAAGAACUACUUACAUUUAUCAACUGGCAAAAGCAGUAUUAAUUUCGAAGAUUUGACUUCAGUACUUUCCAAAAAUAUAUACCCUAACAUGUACAAGCUUAUGCAAGUUGCACUUACUCUUCCUAUAAGUUCGGCAACAUGUGAACAGAGUGGCUUUGAUAUGCAAUAA